CUGAAUGCUUGUGCUCCUAUUCUAAAGGUGAGCAUGAUGAAAAGCCUGUUUGUAGGAAUGUGUGUCUUCCUUUUAGAAAAACUUAUUAUUUUUUCAAAUGUAAAGGUGUUUAGCUUGACAACAAAGAAAAUUAGAAAUAAACAGUACAGUAACAUAAGCUUUCUCAAGAGAGGUGACCUCCUAGAGGUGCCAAGGACCUUGUUUGUGCACUUUGGGAUUUACUUAGGGAAUAACAAGGUGGCCCAUUUAAUGCCAGAUAUUCUCCCAGUUCUGUCUGAUGAUACAUGUUUGAUUGAGAAAGUGGUCACCAACAAAAGGCUGAUACUUGGAGUCCUGGCUAAGGUAGCCAGUAUAAGAGUGGACACAGUACAGGACUUUGCAUAUGGUGGAAGUAUAAUAGUUAACCACAUGGACAGCAGCUUUAAGUCAAGACCUCUUUCUAAUGAAGAAGUAGCUCAGAGAGCUGAAAAACUGGUGGGAGCUACAUCAUACAGUCUGCUGUGGGACAACUGUGAGCACUUUGUGACAUACUGCAGAUACGGUAUUCCUGUCAGCUUUCAGACCGAUAAGUUCUGUGAAAUUGUGAAGAGGAUUAUUCGAGACCAAAGAAGUGUUUUAAUUUCUGCAUCUUUGGGGAUUGCAUUAACAUUUUGUUUGGGUUUGGAACCUUCCAUCACCCUUCCGAGCUUCCUGGUCACUUUCUCCCUGUGGAUGGCAAGCUAAAGUUAGAGAAUACUUGCAUGAAGAUUCCUGUAUUUUGGUAAAUACUACACACUAGCAGAGUGAGUGCUCCUGCCCUAUUGUUCAGGCUACACAUUGUAUUUAUAUCCAUAUAUUUCAAAUAUGCCAGCGCUAUUAAAGUGCUCAUUAUUUAUCAGAGUCUACAGAACUUGAUCGUCCUCAUGGCUUUCUAUAAAAAAAAAACAUUUUGGAGGGUAUCCUACAUAUUACAAAUGUAUUUUUUUCUCUCUGUUAAUGUAAAAUUAAAAAUGAUGUAUUUACAAAAGAAAAGUAUAAUAUACAUACUGAAAAACUAUAUUGUUGAUAGGGCGAUAAAGCACGCACUGUUUUCUAACACAUACACACAUACCCUUAGCACUUACAUGUUAACAUAGUAAUGUAUAUGUCUUGAUAAAGUAUUACAUUACAUAUCCGUUUUAACAGUAACACUGCAUAUAGUUUACCUAGACUAACCUGCAUUCAUUAUUUAUAUUGUAUAAAAAAGGUUAAAAUAUGCUUAAAAUGUAAAUAAUAUGGAUUACAGUAAAUGCUUUAUGAUUUGUGAAGGUAGAAAUGAAUGUUUUCUGAAGUGUUUUGAUAAUUGCAGUAAAUAAAUACCUACUUGUUUGCUUGUCAACACUAAGCUGAUAAACUGGACUAUUGUAUACAGUUUAAAAAGAAAAUGUAAGAGGUUGUAUUUAAGUCUGAUAAUAACAUGUCUAGAUUUUGUUACAUGGAGUUUCUCUAUAUUGUCCAUAUUUCAUGUCUUCCUCUUACAUUUCUUAAACAUCUCAUAUAACAAUGUUCUAUGAUGCAGUUUUGACCUCAGGGGUAGUUUGUUUAGGCAAAGAAGACACUAACUUCUAAUUAGUACCUUACAAAGGUAAAUGUGAUCUACAUACCAUGCUGGUGAAUUAGUUUAAUGAGCUGUAAAAAUCUGAAUAGCACCUUAUUAUGGGCUAUUAACACUUGCAAAAGAUACAUAGUGGUGGUUUUAAUUCUCAUUGAAUACGAGUUUUCCAUAAUAAACAAUGGAUGAGUGUCCUUUAAAAACAAAUAUAAAUGAUGUUUUCUUUAAAUUAUGAAAAAAUCCUUAUUAAAGGAAUGUUAAAGUUUU